AUGAAAGCAACCCCCGGGUUACUGUUCAACUUGACAGACGGCAAGCCGUAUGUGAUUGGCAGCAAGCGGCGACAGCUGGACCACUGGUUACGGUCCACCAAGUUUUUCGUUGGCGAGGACAAGUACUUCGCCAACUUCAUGGUGCAGCUGCCGUUCCUGAUGCCGACCAGCGUGUUGCCAAGAUUCAGAAGCCAUGUGGCGAAUCUGCACAAGGAUAAGGGCGGCAGCUUUGACUCCGAUUUCAAGUGGUUCUCCAAGCAUGGACCUGGGUAUUUGCGGACCCAAAUCACCCACACGACCGUUGGAAAUUAUGUGUGGGCGUAUGCUCAUGAUAAGGUGCACUGGGCCUUGGAAUGGACCAAUCACACAUCGAUUCCUCGUGUUGGCGUGCAUCUUCCCUACACGCAGCCGUUCCGCAUCGCCAUGAAGCACAACGACAACGCACCACGUGUCAUCAAGACGUACAUCCAGGGGGUGGCUCACUGCUCGCAUGAGGCCGUUUGCCAUGCGUUGCCUGCUGGGGAGCUCCCUGGGUGUGACGACGCGAACCCCUUUCCUCAGCAACAGAUAUGGCAGUAUGCCAUGAAUUGGUAUGACUGGCCUGCUGUUAAGAAGAAGAAGGCAAAUGCUACUAUAGUGUAUGAUCAGUACCGGAGUGAGCUGGCGUGCAUGUACUGGAAGGUAGCUCCGGCAGGUGGUGGAGGGGAACCAACCGUGUCCGUCAUUGGUGGGUGGACCCGAUGCAUGGGAGGUAAGACAGGGGGGAAGGGUGGUGGCGGCGAUGAUGGUGGAGGGGGUAGCGGAGUAAUGCCGGUACUAGUGCGUCCAGAGGAGGCAGCACUGGAGGUGGUACUGGGCCUGCGAGCCAGACAAGAGGGGUGCGGGGCCAGUUAA